AUUGUCAUCAGAUUUUUUAGUGUUCUAGUGCUUUGUAAGGAUGACACAAGGCACAAGGAGGACUGUCCAGUUGGUGAUCUUAUGCGUUUUUUCUGGGUGUGUAUUUGGUAGGGAGUUGCAGGGGGAGGGGGAUGAGAAGUUCUUAGGGUUUGGCAAGGGUGGUGGAUUUGGCGGCGGUGGUGGUUUUGGAGGAGGUGUUGGCGGUGGUGCUGGGGGUGGGUUCGGUAAAGGUGGAGGAAUCGGCGGUGGGUUUGGUAGAGGUGGAGGAAUCGGCAGUGGGUUUGGUGAAGGUGGAGGUUUCGGCGGUGGAGUUGGUGGGGGAGCUGGCGGUGGUUUAGGUGGAGGACAUGGUGGUGGAAUCGGAGGAGGACAUGAUGGAGGAGUUGGUGGUGGAUUCGGGAAAGGUGGAGGGAUUGGAGGUGGAAUUGGAGGAGGACAUGGUAGUGCAGUUGGUGGUGAAUUUGGAAAAGGUGGAGGCAUAGGUGGUGGUAGUGGUGGAGGACAUGGUGGUGGGUUCGGUAAAGGUGGAGGCAUUGGUGGUGGAAUUGGUAGCGGAAAAGGUGGUGGAGUUGGUGGUGGGUUCGAUAAAGGUGGAGGCAUUGGUGGGGGAAUUGGCGGUGGAAAAGGUGGUGGGUUCGGUACGGGUGGAGGUAUUGGUGGUGGAAUUGGAGGAGGACAAGGUGGGGGAGUUGGUGGUGGAUUCGGUAAAGGUGGAGGAGUUGGUGGUGGAAUAGGAGGGGGACAUGGUGGUGGAGUUGGCGGUGGGUUUGGUAAAGGUGGAGGAGUUGGUGGUGGAAUAGGAGGAGGACAUGGUGGAGGAGUUGGUGGAGGUUUUGGGGUGGCGGAGUUGGUGGGGAGUUGGCGGAGGUUCUGGUGGAGGACUUGGUGGCGGAAAGGGUGGGGGAGUUGGUGGAGGACUUGGUGGAGGUUCUGGUGGAGGACUUGGCGGAGGAUCUGGUGGAGGACUUGGCGGCGGAAAGGGUGGGGGAGUUGGUGGAGGAGUCGGCGGAGGUUCUGGUGGAGGACUUGGUGGAGGAGGUGUUGUUGGAGGUGGAGCUGGUGGUGGAUUUGGAAAAGGUGGAGGAAUAGGUGGAGGUUUUGGAAAGGGCGGUGGAGGAGUUGGCGGAGGUUCUGGUGGAGGACUUGGCGGCGGAAAGGGUGGGGGAGUUGGUGGAGGAGUCGGCGGAGGUUCUGAAGGAGGACUUGGCGGCGGAAAGGGUGGGGGAGUUGGUGGAGGAAUUGGUGGAGGUGGUGGGGCAGGAGGUGGAGCUGGUGGUGGAUUUGGAAA